AUGCGUUCAUAUCUGAUCGCUCUCCUCCUUGCUGGAAUCGCCUCCAUCACAUCCGCCAGCCCGAUCUUUGCCGGCUGCUCAGUCGGGACGACCACGAACAUCGUUGCUCCCUUUGUUGCGACCAGUGAUCUGGACUGUCAGGUCACGCGGCUGGUUGGGUCAUACGUGUAUCGUGGUUGCUCCAGCGCGCUCCUCACCGCCUACAUAGGACUCAUCACCACCACCGAGAUCAACGUCGAAACUUGCUUUAACGCAUGCGGAGCGAAAGGCCUCCCCUUUGCUGCCAUGUUACGCUGGACUGGAAACCCCUCGACCUACUGCCGCUGCUUUUCGGGAUUCACCGGAACGUUCAAUACCGGCUCUUGCGUCUCUAGCUCGCAGUUCAUCUUCUACCGUACCCCUGGCGCCACGGUAUCUGGGAACUACCGGCGGCGUGCGGUCGGGCAGGGUCCGCUGGCUAUUGCUAGGGUGUGUCCUUCCGGAUUUGAGGCGUGUUUGGCCGCUGCUGGAAGCGACGGAUACGAAUGCGUGGAUACCGCGACUGAGCUCGAAUCGUGUGGAGGCUGUGACAACGGUUUGAACCUCGUUGCCUGGGGCGGCGCUCAAGGGUGUCGCGUGCAGUGGCGGUCGGUGCGAGGUGUUUGCGUGUAA